GAAAAUAAGAUUAUUAAAAUGAUUUAUUUAAAGAAUAAGCAAACUGAUAAAUAUAUUUCUUAAACACAAACUAAUGGUAAUCAGUGUUAUGCUACAUUGUUAAAAUUAGGUUCAUAAAUUAGUGUUCUGUACUUUGAUCUAUAAGCGAGUACGAUAUCAAUCAUGUGAUUCAUCUUAUUUGUUUUGAUAAAAAUCUUGAAGAUAUAAAAUCAUAUAAUAAGAAAUCACGCUGAAUCUUCCCUUUAAACGAGUGUACACAACUCCGAUAUUUAGUUAUUGCAUCUCGUCUGCGUUAAUUCAUUAUAGUCAAUAAAAUUGCGUUCAAAUUUGAUUCUGACAAUUGGUAAAAUUCAAGGUAAUGAAUCUUUAUAGAAUUUUUAAUACAUUUGAAAUGUGCAUAACGAUAUUGUGGAUUUUCAUAUGAGGUGAUAGAACGAUUGAGGAUUUUGAUAAAAAGAGAACGGCAAUUCAAAAUGAUUUGCACUUAUUUAUAGUUUACAGUUGAAUUCUAAACCUGAGCUAUCUAUUAUUGAUGGUUAUAUAUUUUAAAUCAAAUUACAUGUAGUGUAGCGUUCAAUUAAUUAGCGUUUUCUUAAAUGUUGCUUGGUAAAUUAUUAUUACAACUAAAGAGCUAAUUAUGGCAUAUUUAUUUCAUAUAUCUUAUUUCCCUUGCUUCAUUAUUGUUUUAUCACUUAUGAUUAUAUUAUGCAGUAUCGCGAUCUAUUCAUUCGUUGAAUAAUUUGAAGAAUUAUCAUUAGGCAUACGAAAUUGAAUGCAAAUUUAUAUAAUGAUAUCCGAUAAUUUUGUAUUUGUGCAUGUUACGUGGCAGGAGAUUUGCAUGAUGACAUGAAGCAACGAGAUAUUUUGAUAGCAAAAUAUGUUAAAAAUGCGAUACAAAAGAGCAAUAAGAUACCCCCCUCCCCUCCUCUCUCUCUCUCUCUCUCUUAAUUUGACUAGUAUUAUUUUAGCCAAUUAUGAGAAAUCAAAAAGCGCUAUACAAUAAAUACAUUAUCAUUAACGCAAUACAAGAUGUACUAUGACAAAUAGUUGACCAUAUGCAAGACAAGCAUGUAUAGAGAUGUCAACUACUAGAAUAUAUGUAUCAUUGGACAUGACAUGACUAAGAUGAAAAAUUUCCAAGAUAUAAGUACAUGUAUAAAUGUCAAUUCAAUUCGAUAAUAAUAUAUUAUAAUUUUACAGUAUUAAAUAUUAAUGCUAAUAUUCUUUAUAUUCAUUACACUUUGCGUAUCAAAUUCAAGUAUAUUGUAGCAAAUGGCAAUCGCUCUUUGAAUAUGUGUGAGAUAUUCACUCAACUUUUACUUGACGAAAGACAGGUGUUUGGAUCAGAUCUGCGAAUUGAUUGUAGAAUCAAGUGUUAAAGAAACUUAUAUAAUGACGUCGCUCGCACACUUGCGUGUUUUCAAAAGUCUUUUCAAAGACCCUAAUAAUUGGAUUAUUAAUAUACACUUGUGUGCUCACGAAUGAUUUGUAUUUGCAUUUAUCAUGAUCAAACAGACAAAAAUUGCACUGUUUUUGAUAAAGUAUAUAUAUCACAUAUGCGAAUCAAAUGUAGGUAUUGUCUUGUCAAGUACAUCAAAGGAAUCGACCUUGGUUGACGAGAUGAAUCGUUGGAUACUCGUUUUCGCGGCUUUAGCUACUUUGACUUCGGCUACCAAUUCUGAAAAGAAGAUCGUAUGCUACUUUGGUAGUUGGGCCGUUUACCGACCUCCCGGUGGCAAAUUUGACAUUUCUUACAUUCAACCGCAUCUCUGCACUCAUUUGAUCUAUACCUUUAUCGGCAUUAAUACUGAAGGCGACGUCAAAGUUUUGGACGCGUGGCAAGAUCUCCCCGACAAUUGGGGCAAGGAUGGUUUUGGUAGAUUCAACAAGCUUCGCGAACAGAGUCCCGAGACUAAAACGCUCAUUGCUAUAGGCGGGUGGAACGAGGGAUCCGCUAAAUACUCCUCUGUUGUUUCCAAUCCGGAUACUCGUACGAAAUUCGUCAAAAAUGUCGUUGAUUUUGUGAAGAGACAUAAAUUCGAUGGUUUGGAUGUCGAUUGGGAGUAUCCCAAUCAGCGUGGUGGGAAACCAGAAGAUGUGCAAAAUUAUAUAAGUCUGCUCAAGGAACUCAGGAAUGAAUUCGAUAAGCAUGGACUCAUUCUCAGUGCUGCUGUUGCUGCCGCCGAGACUUCUGCCUCUCUAUCCUACGAUAUUCCUGCAAUGUCUAAAUAUUUGCACUUUAUUAACGUUAUGGCGUAUGAUCUCCAUGGAGCUUGGGAAAAAGUAACUGGACACAACGCUCCGCUUUACCCACGCAAAGGCGAGUCUGGAAACGAUCUUAAACUCAAUGUUGAUGCAGCUGUACGUUAUUGGUUGGAUAAUGGUUGUCCGCCUGAGAAACUGAUCCUUGGAGUGCCAUUCUAUGGUAGAGCGUUUACCCUCGCCGACAAAAAUCAAAAUGGUCUCAGAGCUCCUACCACUGGACCUGGUACCGCUGGUCCAUACACUCGCGAGGGUGGAAUGCUCGGAUACAACGAAAUUUGCGAGUUCUUUAAACAGGGUGGUUGGACCGUUGUCCGUCAAGAAGAGCAUCGCGCUCCAUACGCUUAUAAGGGCGAUCAGUGGGUUGGCUACGAUGAUGUAACUUCUCUUACUGAAAAGGUUGCCUACAUCAAUUCCUUGAAUCUCGGUGGCGCCAUGUUGUGGAGUAUCGAGACUGACGACUUUUUCGGCAAUUGCGGUGAAAAAUAUCCUCUAUUGAAAACAUUGAAUGCUGGAUUAAGAGGAGGAGUUCCGGUAGAACCCGAGCCCAAGCCGACCAAGGAACCUCCGCAGACACAAGAACCACAAACGACGCAACCACCAGCAACUCCUGCUCCCAGUGAUAUUUGCAAAAAGGAAGGUUACGUCCGCGAUGAACAGGACUGCGGCAUAUUCUAUCUGUGCCAAAAUGUCAAUGGCUCUUAUAAAGCACAAAGAUUUGAUUGUCCAAAUGGACUAGCCUUUGAUCCCGAAAUCAAUGCCUGCAAUUACAAAAAUCUCGUUGUCGGAUGCAAUUAAUAACAGACUGCAUCUGUAUAUUUCUACAAUGUUUCAAUUAUACAGCGUCCGUUGUAUUAGGCAAUGGCAACAAAUGUAUCUUUACUCUUUGCAGCUUAUGUAAAUAUAAUCCAAUAAACUUAUUUCUCCACA